GUUUGUCUUUCUCUCUCAAUUCUCGUUUUUACAUGGUUUUCAGGAGCAACCCGCUAGACCUAAACAACUUACCAGAGGAUAAUAUCUCCAGAGAUCAUGACAAACAACCCCUUGAUGACUCCUCCCCUUCUUCAGGAAGCUACAGAAAAAAGAAAAACGGCGCAAAGGAUGAAAGUAGGAAGGUCUACGAGUGUAGGUUUUGCUCCCUUAAGUUCUGCAAAUCUCAAGCCCUUGGGGGACACAUGAACCGCCAUCGCCAAGAGAGGGAGACUGAGACGCUAAAUAGGGCUCGUCAAUUGGUUUUUGGUAACGAUAAUCUCUACCAACGUGGUAGCCAAUCAACGGUGAAUGGAGGCUAUCAUCAUCAAGGAACAAGUUGCAACAUGGGGAGUGGUCUUUACCCUACUAGACUCUUUUCCGGUGCUUCCACAGCCGUGCUACCACCAGUGCCACCGCAGCAACACUUGUACACGUCACCACCGUCACGCCUCAGUAGCUACUCAUCACAACAUUCUAAGUCCCAGUCAGGAAAUAAAGACUAUUUUCUAGGACACGUUUGCGCUAACAACCCACAAUUCAUCUUCCAGAAUUUGAGCUACAUUGCGACACCACCCCCCGAUGGUAGUAAUAAUUACACAUGCAUUGGCGCACCUGUUGGACAAGCAUUCACCAUCACCGGAGGAAGUGGUGGUGGUGGAGACAUGUCAGCGACUCCGAUCAAUAGAUAUCAUAAGGAUGGAGUCUGAAUUGAAACCUUUUAUUUCAAAUUGUUAUUAUUAUGAUAAGCAAAACUCGUCCUUUUUCUGUAUGUUUUUUUCUGGGGUGAAUGUGAAAAGUGGUAAUGGGACAAGAGAGUGCGAAAAGGAGAGAAGUAGUUUGUUGGCUUUUUGUUCAAGAGGUCGUUAGGGUUUAAUGUAGUGGGGUGUGAGUGUGACAGGCUUCAUACAGACUGAAAACUGGAAGAAGGUAGUGUAACUAGGGUACCUGCAUGUGGAACACACAAGUUAGAUUUCAACUGGAAGUUCCCAACAACUUUUUGGAUUUGAAUUUAUUUCUCUUUCAUGGGGAUUGAGUUCCAUUUUUCUGGUUG